GCGAGGAUAAAAACCGCGCGUCCCUGCCCCAGCCCAGCACCGCUCCAGCCCCUGCGCAGAGCUUCGGACGCAGCACAGCCCCGCAGCAGAGAUGCUUUGCCGCCUGCACUUCAUGCCUCCCACCUCUGGGUCCCUAUUCCCAUGGCUGGGACCCGUCCGCACCCUCUGGCCGCAUCCAGGCACCCUCUUCGCUGAGCUGGAGAGAGAAAUACGGAUGGAGAUGGAGAGGGCUCGGCAGUUCAUGAGCAGCUUCGAGCAGCUCCUGAGCAGCGGGAGCAGCCCCGGCCGCGCCAGCAUCACCGCCGAGCGAGCCCCGAGCGCCAGCGCAGCCCUGACCCAGGGCUCCGGGGAGGGUUUCUCCGUCUGCCAGGACGUGAAGGACUUUGCCCCCGAGCAGCUGUCGGUGAAGGUGGUGGGCAGGAAGGUGGUGCUGGUGGGGCAGAAGGAGACGCAGAGCACAGACGAGAAGGGCUCCUUCUCCUACAAGUACGAGGUGCUGAAGCGCGAGUGGGACGUGCCCGAGGAGGUGGACGCCGAGGCCCUGAGCUGCUCCCUGUCCAAGGAGGGGCAGCUCCGCAUCGAAGCCCCCCGGCUGGCCCUGCCGGCCGCCCCGGAGAGGAACGUGCCCAUCCAGAUGCCACCGGCGGUGGCACAGCAGGCGGCCGGCGCGGACGACGGAACCGAGAGGGCCAAGGCGUGAUGGGGAGCGCCGCGGGGCCGGGCUGAGCCCGGCUGCUGGGGCAGCCGCCGGCCGCAGAGCGGGGCCGUGCCGGCCCAACGCGGGUGUGUGUGUGUGUGGGGGGGUCUCUGGCCCAAAGGCGUGGAUUUUUUGAUAUUUAAUAAAUAUUUGUGACUUUUA